ACCACCUUUUUAUAUGUCCUUUACGCGUGCAAGCUCUCCCAUUCCAUUCGGUUGGAUAGAGCUUAUUCCACUCCACCAUGUCCAUCCCCUUCCUUCUCCUCCUCCUCUUCUCUCUUUGGCAUCGUGCCUCUCUGGGCACGGCUCGAGACAAUUGGGCCGUGCCGAUGUCCUUUGAGAAGCACAAGACCUAUAUUGUCCAUGUUCACCCAAAACUUGCCUCCUCUUCGCCUGAGAAACCCCGAGAACUGGAGGAGUGGUACAAGUCCUUCUUGCCCUCGGCCAUGCUGAGCUCCGGCGAGUUCAAGUCGCGGCUGAUCUACUCCUAUAGUAGUGUCAUCAGUGGGUUCGCUGCAAGAUUGACGGACGAAGAGCUGGCCGACGUCAAGAAGAAGGCUGGCUUCGUCCAUGCUUAUCCCGACCGGCUGGUUCGCCUCCAAACCACGCACACGCCCCAAUUCCUCGGCCUGCAACACAAUUAUACCACGGGCUUCUGGAAGGACUCCAACUUUGGCAAAGGGGUGAUCGUCGGCGUUCUGGAUACCGGAGUUUUGCCGAGCCACCCGUCAUUCGAUGACGAAGGGAUGCCGCCGCCACCGGAAAAAUGGAAGGGUAGCUGCGAGUUCACUGCAUCCAGCUGCAACAACAAACUCAUCGGAGCGAAGAGGUUUGCCAAAGGAGCCAGCGCCAUGCACGGAUUUUACGGUGGCAUGAAGCAGGAUGAGCCGUUUGAUGAUGAUGGGCACGGGACGCACACCGCCGCCACGGCUGCCGGCAUGUUCGUCGACAAUGCCGAUGUCCUUGGCCAGGCCGCCGGCACCGCUGUCGGGAUGGCGCCCUACGCCCACCUGGCCGUCUACAAGGUCUGUAACUCAGAAGGAUGCACCACCUCCGACAUUCUAGCAGGAUUGGACAGCGCCGUCGAGGACGGCGUCGACGUGCUGUCCCUCUCCAUCAGCGGAGGCUCCUAUCCUUUCUACGACGACGGCAUCGCGAUCGGUUCCUUCAGAGCCAUCGAGAAUGGCAUCUUCGUCAGCUGCGCCGCUGGAAAUUCUGGCCCGUUUGCGAGCACGCUCUCGAACGAGGCGCCAUGGAUCUUGACGGUCGGCGCCGGCACCAUGGAUCGAUCCAUCCGGUCGGUCGUCGAGCUCGGCAACGGAGACCAGUUCGUCGGAGAAGCCCUCUACCAGUCGAACAAUGUUAUCGCCAAUCUGCCUCUGGUGUACCCUGGCUUCCUCGCAGGAUCCCAAGCAGCCACCUGCAAGAACGAGUCACUGGCCAGCGUCGACGUCAAGGGGAAGGUGGUGCUGUGCGACACCGGGGAGAUUACUCGGGUUGCCAAGGGGGAAAACGUGAAGAGCGCCGGAGGAGCCGCCAUGAUUCUUGCUAACAGCGAAGCCGCCGGAUUCACCACCUUGUCCGACAUCCACGUCCUGCCGGCAUCUCAUGUGAGCUAUGCUGAUGGAUUGAAGAUUAAAUCAUACAUAAAGUCGGCGUCAAAUCCCACGACAUCGAUCGCCUUUGAGGGUACGGUUCUUGGAACGUCCCCGGCUCCGAUGGUCGGUUACUUCUCCUCCAGAGGGCCCAACCAGGCCGACCCGAACAUCCUGAAGCCGGACAUCAUCGGCCCCGGGGUGAACGUUUUGGCCGCGUGGCCGUUCCCGGUGGGAACGUCCGGUGCCGCAGCCUCGUUUAACAUAAUCUCGGGCACCUCCAUGGCCACUCCUCACCUCAGCGGGAUCGCCGCCCUGCUAAAGAGUGCGCACCCCGACUGGUCCCCCGCCGCGAUCAAGUCGGCGAUCAUGACGACCGCCGACCGGACGGCGAACGACGGCAAACUCAUUCGUGAUCAGAGCAUGGAAGUCGCCGACUUCUACGCUGUCGGCUCCGGCCACGUGAAUCCAACGAAAGCUAAUGAGCCGGGCCUCGUCUACGAUAUGGACUCGGACGAUUAUAUCGCCUACCUCUGCGGCCUGCAGUACACCGACGAGGAAGUAAGCAUCAUCGUCGGCCAUGCGAUCGAGUGCUCGGGUAUCGAGAGCAUUUCCGGCGCAGAGUUGAACUACCCGUCGUUCGUGGUGUUCCUGAGCGCCGAGAAUGAGUACAAGAUGAAGGUGACACGGACGGUGACGAACGUGGGAGCUCCGGGGUCGGAAUACGCGGUGAACGUGACGCCUCCGAGUGGGGUGUUGGUGACCGUGGAACCAAAGAAGCUCUCAUUCUCGGAGGUUAAUGAGAAGGCGCAGUACACUGUUACCUUCUCGGGCAAAGGUAAAGGCGAGGGGACCGAGAGAGGCUUCUUGACGUGGGUCUCAUCUGCUCAAAAUACCAGCGUCACUGGUCCGAUUACGGUCUCCGUCGCUUGAAAGACUGCUUAAAAAAAAACGACCAAUAAGUGUUUGGACUUAUUUGUGUCAAAGUACGCAGUGAACUUUGCCUAUAUCGGAUGGUUCUUUUUAAAAAAAUAAAUAAUUCCCUGUGAUGCACGAAGAGAUCAGAGCGUUA